AUGGUGUCUCCAGCGUCCUCCCUUCAAUCGCUACCAGAUGUACAUGUCAACGGCAACGAGACCAAUAAGCUACCCAUCAGACCGGCCCCCAAGCUUUACGGUAGCAAUGAUGGCGCUUCGUCAGGCAGUGGAACCCCAAUUGGGUUCCAAAGACAACCACACAACAAGAUUCUCGACAGCGUAGCUGGUUCAAGCGUUCGACUUCCCUCACCCCAACCCACGCACCUGGCGAUUCCGGGAAGCCCACAUCGAAUCCUUUCUGAAGAAGAUCCGGGCUAUAUAGCUGCCAAGUUUGAGGGCAAAGAACAUCAGAUGGAGGAAGUCAUGGAUCAGCUAGAAAAGAAGGGCUUCAUUCCUCCAGAGUUCAUCGUGGGAGAAACAGAGUGGUUCUACAAUCAGCUGGGAAUCGAUGAUACCUACUUCCAGACGGAAACGGUCGACGCGAUUGUCACGCAGAUCCUCUCAUUAUAUGCUGCUAAGGUUGCUGCGUACGCCCGUGAUGAUAAGAAGCUCGAGAUUCGCCUAGAUAAAGAGGCUGAAGACCAUGCAGUCUACAUUGAUACGAGCAAGCCAGGCUUUUCAAGCGUAGGUGGUCCAGGCUACGAACAGAGAAUCGACAAAAAAUACAUCGACGGCUCAACUCACGAUCACAGCUAUCGCAUUGAGACCUUCCGUUCUCCCACUCCAGUUCCCGGCGAUGACGGACAGCAGCUCCGAUGCUACUUCGUGUACAAGUGUCAGUUCGCCAACCCUAACCCGGGACCACAAGAGACGAACAUCGACAUUAUUGGGGAAAAGAGAUUCCUGCAAAAAGCGACACCCAACACCAAAGCCGUUUAUCAAGAGAUUAUUAGCAAUGCCGUUGCUCGGGCUGGCCCUGUCAUUGAGAUGUUUGAAAUCGAAAAGUCUCGCGAAAAGCGUCUAGUCAUUGCCUAUCGCCAGGGCUCCGCCAUGGGCUUGUUUAGUGCACUUUCUGACCUCUAUCAUUACUACCGCCUGACAAGCUCUCGGAAGUACUUGGAGAACUUCUCCAACGGGAUAACCGUAAUAUCACUCUACCUGCGCCCCUUGAAGAACCCAGAGAUUGCUGCAAAGUUCCCUCCCAUUGAGGCUGCAGUCCACCAGAUCAUCAAGGAGAUCUCGUUACUAUACUGCGUUCCUCAAAACAGGUUCCAGCAUCACUUUGCUAGCGGACGCCUCAGCUUGCAAGAGACUAUCUAUGCCCAUUGCGCGUGGGUUUUUGUCCAACAAUUCCUGAACCGCCUCGGCUCCGAAUACACUUCCUUAACCGACCUACUGGACUCGAACAACAGCGCACACGCAGAGCUGUUGGCGAAGAUCAAGAAGAGGCUGCGUACGGAGACAUUCACCUCUGACUACAUAGCAGAGAUUGUCAACAAGUAUCCCAACCUUAUCCAUAAGCUCUACCUUGACUUUGCAAAUACUCAUUAUGUGCAAACCCGAGGCCCAUCUGAGGAUGAUUUUCUCCCGACGCUGAGUUACCUGCGUCUUCAGGUUGACCAGGUUCUGGAUAGUCGGCAAUUGAAGCAGCUUGUUUCGAGUACGGCUGCUAAUGAACACGAUGAGAUGGUCAUGAGUGCCUUCCGUGUGUUCAACGCGUCCAUCCUCAAAACAAACUUCUUCACACCUACCAAGGUGGCUCUGAGCUUCCGACUCGAUCCUCAUUUCCUUCCAGAACAUGAGUAUCCUCAACGGCUGUACGGGAUGUUCUUGGUCAUCAGUUCCGAAUUCCGAGGGUUCCAUCUUCGCUUCCGAGACAUCGCCCGAGGCGGCAUCCGUAUUGUGAAGAGUCGAAACAAAGAAGCGUAUAGCAUCAAUGCGCGCUCACUGUUUGACGAAAACUACAACCUCGCCAAUACGCAGCAGCGGAAGAACAAGGAUAUACCGGAAGGCGGGGCAAAGGGAGUUAUCCUACUCGACGUUGAUCAUCAAGACAAAGCGCGUGUUGCUUUUGAAAAAUACAUCGACAGUAUCUUGGAUCUUCUGCUACCGCCGGUCAGCCCCGGCAUCAAGGACCCCAUUGUCGAUUUACACGGUAAAGACGAGAUUCUUUUCAUGGGUCCUGAUGAGAACACGGCGGAGCUGGUUGAUUGGGCUACAGAACAUGCUCGCAACCGCGGUGCCCCUUGGUGGAAGUCUUUCUUUACCGGCAAGAGCCCUCAUCUUGGUGGAAUUCCUCACGACACAUAUGGAAUGACCACGCUGUCUGUUCGCCAGUAUGUUCUCGGUAUUUACCGCAAACUCAAGAUCGACCCCUCGACAAUUCGCAAACUGCAGACUGGUGGCCCUGAUGGCGACCUCGGCUCGAACGAAAUCCUCCUUGCCAACGAGAAGUACACUGCAAUCGUCGAUGGAUCGGGCGUGAUCGUGGAUCCACAAGGCCUCGACCGCGAGGAACUUGUUCGACUUGCAAAGAAGCGGGCGACAAUCUCUGAGUUUGAUGUGUCAAAGCUCUCGUCGGAAGGUUACCGUGUCUUGGUGGACGAGAGCAAUGUUCAUCUGCCGAACGGAGAGCUAGUCCAUAAUGGCAUGGUUUUCCGCAACCUGUUUCAUCUACGCAAGGAAUUGACGUAUGAUACUUUCGUUCCUUGCGGUGGACGCCCGGAAUCAAUUGAUCUUUCCACCGUCGGCAAGCUUAUCGAGAAUGGCAAAUCCACCAUCCCCUACAUUGUUGAGGGAGCCAAUUUGUUCAUUACCCAAGACAGCAAGCUCCGACUCGAAAAGGCUGGAUGUAUUCUUUUCAAGGAUGCCUCUGCCAACAAGGGUGGCGUGACGUCUUCGUCGUUGGAGGUAUUGGCCUCUCUGUCUUUCGAUGACCAAGGGUUCGUGGAGAACAUGUGUGUUGGCGAAGAUGGCAGCGUUCCUGAAUUCUACAGCGAAUAUGUCAAGCAGGUUCAGGAGGUCAUCAAGGAAAACGCUACCUUCGAGUUUGAGGCAAUUUGGCGCGAGCAUGAGCAGACGGGCAUUCCCCGCAGCGUUCUGAGUGACCGGCUCAGCGUAGCCAUAACACAGCUUGAUGAAGAGCUGCAAGAGACAGAGCUGUGGGAUAACGUGGAGCUCCGCAGGUCUGUCCUCAAUGAUGCUCUACCUAGACUGCUCCUGGACAAGAUUGGACUUGACACGAUUCUCGAGCGAGUUCCUGAGAGCUACCUGCGGGCUAUCUUCGGGAGCCACCUUGCAAGUCGCUUCGUGUAUCAAUACGGCAGCGGCCCAAGCCAAUUCUCGUUCUUCAACUUUAUGACCAAAAGACUUGCACAGUCCAAAGCAUAA